AUGCAGGUCGAAGCUUCCACUCGUGCCUUCGUCAUGGCUCUUAAAGUUUCAGGCAAGAACUAUUCCGAGAUCGCCGAUCUGACCGGCCUGCCCAAGCGUUCGGUGCGUGGCAUUUGUGAUUUCGCUGUGAACAAGGGAUUCGAUGCAGACAAGCGUCCUCUGGAGAUAAAGGAUGCUUACUUUGCCAGUCAGGUUCGCGGCGAGAGGAAGAGAUCGCCCGAGAAGAAGACCGCUGUGAGGAAGGUGGCUGCUAAGAACAAGAAUGUUGUCGCCGAGGAGGAAUACGAGGAAGAGGAGGAACAGAAGGAGGAGCUUGCUGAUGACAUGUGA